CCAAUGGGAGCAUGCUGUGUGAAAUAUCCACGGCAAUUCAUUCACAAAUAGCGCCCCUGAUCUCAGCUUGUUUACCCAAGUGAAGGAAAUACAGCGUUUCAGCGACACGCCUCUCGAUGCUAGAAUUAGCCAUGGGCAUAUAAAACAGACGAAAUCCAGACUUCAGAUAUCUUACAAGGAAAUACCUUCCAAAAUGACAUGGAUUGUGCUGCUCCUCUCUGUUGCUCUCGCCUUCACAGACGCAGAGGAACAUGCGGUCAAUGAGCUCUUCUCUUUGAUUGGGACCGCAUCUCAGAAAACCCACGGGGCCGGCCUGAGCGACUCAUCAGAACCCACCCAGAACCAGAGCAGAGCUGGGGCCAAGGACCCAUCUCUGCCUGUCAAUGAGCUUCUCAGGGAGAACGGCAGGUCCGGGGAGUCCAAGUACAGCCUCCCACCCUUGUCCGGCGGGAUGUUGCCCAAACACAGCGACUUGGCCCCCCUGCCCCGCCCUGGCCACCACAACAAGAGUAAAAAAAACGCCAAGAGUGACCGGCUUCCAACUGAGCACAACAGCGAGAAGACCAGAGGGGAAGGCCCUCCUGACCUGCUCGCCAAGCCCACCGUGGUCAACAUCUCCAACCGCACACAGAAAGGUGUCCCAGACACCCUCCCCGGCGGUCCGUCCCAGAAUGACCCUGAUAUCCGCCACAACACCCGGUCUCGCAGUCAGCCCCACCCGGCCUCCCCUCGCAGGGACACCCCGGCCCGAAAGCUGGACCCAGAGGAGAACCGGCCGGGGAAGUCCAGUCUGUACCAGCCAGGCGGCAGCCUCAGGAACAACAGCAGGCCAUCGGUCUUGUUCAACCGGAGAUCAUCAAGCCUGCUGUACCACUUUGACAUUCUGAAGAAAGAAUCAGACUUCACCCCAGAAGCAGUCUGCUUGAGUGAAUGCCGGCGGGAGAAGGAGGAGAGGGAGCACUGCUGCUACAGUGAAUUCGCCAUCAACGGGAUCGUGCACGACCUGGAGGUGAUCCGCAGGGGGAUACGCCUCGCCACGCUGCUGGUCAGCAGCGACGGCUUCUACAAAAUGAGCCGUCUCUACGUCACCCCGGACAGCUACUUCUUUAAGGUGCAGGUCCUGGUGCUAGACACUUACAAGUGCUCCAAGCCCUGCCCGGAACUCAAGCUCGGUAGCAGGUACAUCGUAAUGGGACAGAUCUACCACAGGAGGCGGCACUUACCCAACGACCUUUUGGCUCUUCUCGGGGGGAGACUCAAGCCAGGGGACGGCAUCCUGAGAAGCAACAACUACGUCAAGAGAUUCAACAAGAGGCGGCACCAGAAGGCCCAGGAGGCAUCCCGCUCCAGGUGUCGAUGAGCCCCCGGAGGCUCCGCCGCCCCCUGCUGCACGGGCAGAGACAAUGCGGCCGCUGCCGAGAAGAGUCCUAUAAUCACGCAACUUACUCAAGACAGAGGAAACCGGGAAGAGGCUAUUUCUGUGUGCCUGUGUAUUGUGCCUUUUGCCUUAAGUGGAGCGGCAGCAUUUUACUUCCACGGCAUCCAUCUUAUUCUUGCUUCUGGUCUGCCAUAAUAUGUGGGGAAAUAAUAGCUUACCAGGAUGUCGUAACAGAGCAAGACGUAUGCAGAGUUGGGUCUCAGUUUCGAGUUGGGUCUCAGUUUGAAUUUAUGUAGAACUGGAUGAACUGGUUUCACUCUGGAUGAAUUUGGUAAUGUUUCAACACUGAUAAAAUAACCAAUUGGAAAAUAUUUUGUACUCGACACCUUUUGGGCACUGACAACCACACCCAUUAGGACCCUAAUGAAGGCCCACAUAGCUAAAAUGAGAUAUUUAGACAAGCAUAUUUUUCUACAAGGGGAAGUGGCUGUUAAGAAUCCUGCACACAUUAACUGCCCUUCUCAACUUGCAAGUCCAGGUUAUCAGUUCUUCUGGGAAACACUACACUGUCCUUGGCUGUUAACGCUGCUUCUUCGACCACAGUGCUUCAGUAGCGUUUGCUGUAUCGAGCUACAAGAGUGUGUCUGUAUUGAUGGAAACUUGCAAAGAACUAGGAGUCUGUUGAUUCACUGCUGGCCAGCAGAACAUAAAGUCCUCUUUUUACUCAUGUACACUUGCAGUUGCUCUCUCUCUCUCUCUCUCUCUCUCUUAUUUUCUUCCUCUUAUCAGAAUUCAGGAAAUGCACUGUUAUGCUAAAAGAAAGUGGGGGAACAGGGUGGGAAGGGCCUGGAAAAGCAACUGCAACCAAAGGAAAAAGAAAAUCCGGGGGGAAAAAAAAAGAACCCAGCAAAUUACUCAAGUGCUGCAUUUUAGCACACAAGAGGGCUAUUUUCCCAACUUUAAUUAUGAGCGUGCGUUGAAAUAUUUGCCUGCAAACACUGACUUCAAACGGGGCCGGUCCGGGGCCGCCAUUAAGGGUGUUUGUGCAGGAGAGACCGUAAAUCUAAUCGCUGGAAUCUGAUCCCGGCUGCACCUGGCCUCACGACCGCCGCGCGUGCCCGGGCCCUGCCGGAACGGCGGGUUCACAGGGACCGCCACCCAGGGCCGGGUCUGCUCACGUCUGCUGGUGUCUGCCUGUGUCUGCCGGUGUCUGCCUGUAUCUGCCGGUGUCUGCUCGCGUCUGC